GUGCCUGAGUCGACUUCAAGGCCCGUAUGGUUGCGCAGGGUUUCUCUCAAAUCCCCGGCAUCGACUUCCACCACUCAUCCUCAGCGUGCCCGUCUGCAGUGUUUAUCAAGACGGUGAUUGCCGUAGCCACUGAAAAGGGCAAGAAACUCGCUCACUGGGAUGUGAAGCAAGCGUACAUCCACGCGAAGCUAAAAGAAGAAAUAUACCUCAGGUUCCCGGAAGGCUGUGGUAGCAUGUCCGGCAAGGUGGUCAAGGUUGAGCGUGCCCUGUAUGGCCUAAAGCAGAGUGGCCGUGAGUGGGGGUUUGAAGCUGCCGAUGCCCUCAUCGAGAAUGGAUACGAGCAGUGCAGGGUUGACCCGUGUGUCUUCCGGAAGGUGGUGGAUGGAGAGGUCGUAGGUCUCAUCGUGAUCUACGUUGAUGACAUCUUAGUGGCGGCAGACGAGGGAGAGCGAGAGGAGUAGUUCGCUUCCCUCAACAAGAAGUUUCCGGUGAAAGAUCUGGGGGAGUGUACCUGG